AUGUCAGGAGCCAUCGUGCCAUCGGCCGGCCAGGAGCAGCGCCGGCCAUGCGACGUAGCGACGUUUCAGAGGAGCAACGUGCACAUCCUGCUGUCGGAUAAGGACACGGAGUCACGUCAAAAUGUUCUCGAGCUGCUUCGCCGCUGUUCGUACCGAGUCACGGCCGUUGAGAACGCGCGACUGGCGCUGCAGCUGCUGCGGUCGUCGAGCGACUCGAUAGAUUUGAUUCUGGCGGAGGUGGAGCUGCCGAACGGCAAGGGGUACAAGAUGCUCAAGAUCAUCAUGCGCGAGGAGCGCCUCAAAAACAUUCCCAUCGUCAUGAUGUCGACGCGCGACGAGAUGGCGAUCGUCGUCAAGUGUUUGCGCCUCGGAGCCGCGGACUUUCUCGUGAAGCCGCUGCGCACCAACGAGCUCCUCAACCUCUGGACGCACAUGUGGCGCCGCCGCCGAUCCGUGGGGUUGGGGGAGGCUCCGCGGAGCAUGAUGGCGGUGAGCGCAAGCGAGGUGGCGCACGACCUGGUGUUCGUGGAUACGAGCGAGUCGAACACGGGCACCGGCAGCACGGACCUGUUUUCUGAAGAGACGGACGAUAAGCGCCGCAGCAGCGUGCAGCAACAGCACCUGCAGCAGCAGCUUCAGGAGCAGCAGGAGCAGCAGCAGCAGUUGCAUGAGCUGGAGCAGCAGCAGGAGCAGGUGCAGGCGCAGAGGCGGCAGCAGCUUGUGCGGCAGGAGCAACAGAAGGAGCAGAAGGAGCACAGGGAGCAGGAGCUGCUGCGGAAGGAAAAGAAGGAGGUUGUGAAAGUGGUGGGGGAGCAGGGGGGAGAGGGGAAAGAGAUGGGGGAGGAAGACGAGGUGGCGGAGGGGGAGGGGGAGGGGGAGGAAGUGGAGAUGAUAUUGGAGCGGCAGGAGAGAGAGCAGGCGGAGGCGGAGGAGGGUGGGCAGCAGCGAUGCGAGCUCAUGCUGCUGGAGACGCGAGACGCUCCCGGAGCGGGAGAAGCGGGAGGGGAGAAAGGGGAAGAGAGGGAAGAGAGCGACGCGGAUGAGCAGCCGUUCAAGCGGCGACACGUGGCGGCGCAGCGAGAGCGGGGCGCGGCGGGAGGAGCCUGCGGAGUGGCGCACGGUGGAGCGCAGGAGAGGAGGAGCAAGCUCGGCGCGCAGGACAGGGCGGAGCGGGAGGAGGUUGAGGGCCAGCCGCAGGUAAGCGCGCGCCCGCUUCUCCGCCGUUCACCCCGGCCCUCUAUAGGCGGGUCUUUCCCUCCGCCCUCCUCGACCUCUUCAAUUCCUUAUAUCGUCCCAACCCGCUUCUCCCUCCCCUCCCCUCCCCUUCCCCUUCUCUCCGCCAUCUCCGCUGCUCUUUUCGUCCUUCCUGCUAGACGUCACCGCUCCUCUUUUCGGCCUUGUCACUUCCCCUCAUUCUCAUCCUUCCCUUCUCUCUCUUUGUCGUUUUCGCACCCUCUCCAACAGCCAAUGCCUGCGCUCGAGCUCUCGCUCAUGCUGCCACGUGUCGCGUUGCCGUUGGACGUACAAUUUGCGUCCGAGCGUCGUCUGCCGCCCGACCGAGCCGCGCUUGAGACCUCACGCCCUUCCAUGCCCCCCGCAAUGGCCGCCACUCUCCUCGCGCUCUGCACCUCCGCGGUGGCCGCCGUCGCAUCUGCGCCUCCGCGCGACACACGCGCCGCCGCAGUUGCAGCUACAACAACCAAUGAUGUUGCACGAGCUGGCGAUGCCGGUGCCGCGAGUGCAGCAGCAACAGCAGCAGCAGCAGCCCUCUCCUUAUCUUCCGCCAUUCCCGCCACCGCGCACCCUUUCCCCCCACCGCCCCACCAAAUGAUGCUGCGCCGAGCAGCCUCCCACGAACCCACCUCCGCGCCUCUCUUUUCCUCCGCCCGCCCUCCCUCCUCCCCCACCCGCGCAUCUGCGCUCCAGCCCUCCCCGCCCCUCCACACCUCCCGCGUGCUCCCCACGCGCGCCUCCCCCCAGCCGCCUGGCUCCGCGGCUGUUGCCACUCUGCUCCCGCCCUCCAGUCCCCUUCUGCCCUUCCGCCUCGCGCCCUCGCUCCCCUCUGCGCCGUCUGCGCCCUCUCUUCACUCCCCCGCGCACCUCGCGCUCCCCACGCGCACCAUCAGUCAGCCCAUCCUCCCCUCCGCUUCCACCGCCCGCCCUCCCGAACUCCGCCUGUCCGAAAGCCCGCCCGCUCCUGCCCCCGCGCCUGCGGCCGCGACUGCUACCACUGCUGCUGCGCGCGCCGCAACCGCCGCGCGCUCUGCGCUGAGUCGUUCAGCGAGCGCGGAGCAGGCCGCGGAGAGGAGCGCGGCGCAGGGCGCGGGGGACAAGCGCGUAGAGGAUAAGCGCGCGGAACCCGCGCCCGCGACGGAGCUGCCGUUAGCCGGACGACGGGCGUCGCCCGUACGGCUGGUCCCGAAGGCGGGUGGUGCUGCUGGGUCUAAUGCUGCUUCUGCUUUGAAACGGGGAGGUUGCGAGGCGAUGGCAGGGCGGGGGAGGAUGGCGGGGAGUGACCACGCUACUCCCUCCCACGCUACUCCCGAUCGCUGCUUCCCCACUCAGCAGAUGCAGCAACAGCAGCAACAACAGCAACAGCAGCAACAGCAGCAACAGCACCAACAGCAGCAACAGCAGCAGCAGCAGCAGCAGCAGCAGCAGCAGCAGCAGCAGCAGCAGCAGCAGCAGCAGCAGCAGCAGCAGCAGCAGCAGCAGCAGCAGCAGCAGCAGCAGCAGCAGCAGCAGCAGCAGCAGCAGCAGCAGCAGCAGCAGCAGCAGCAGCAGCAGCAGCAGCAGCAGCAGCAGCAGCAGCAGCAGCAGCAGCAGCAGCAACAGCACCAACAGCACCAACAGCAGCAGCAGCAGCAGCAGCAGCAGCCUGAUUUCCACUCGCCUCCCUCCGUGCCUGCUCUCUCUCUUCCCUCCAACCUCGCGCUUCUGCUGCUGACGCUGCUGCUGGGGGGGGCAGCAGGCGGAAUGGGUGGAAUGGGAGGAGCAGGAGGGGAUGGAGGUUUGGGAGGAAUGGGAGGGAUGGGGCAUUGGGGGGAAUGGGGGGAAUGGGGCCAAUGGGAGGGAUGGGAGGAAUGGGGGGAGGGGUGGUGGGUGCAGUGGGAGGGGGAGGGGCCAAGUGCAGGAGGGGAUGGGUUGAUGGAGAGGCGGGUGGAGGGAUACCAGCGUCGGGAGGCAGCUCUGAACAAAUUCAGGCAGAAGCGCAAGGAUCGGUGUUUUGAGAAAAAGAUUCGGUACGUGAGCAGAAAGCGACUUGCGGAGAUGCGACCACGGGUGAAGGGGCAGUUUGUGCGGAAGAAGACAGCGGGGAAAGGGCAUGGCGGGCAGCAGGAGAGCGAGGAGGAGGACGAGGAGGAGGAGGAGGAGGAUGAGGAAGAGGAGGAGGGAGGCAACGAGUAG